AUGCAUGAUAACUGCAACAGUAAUGGUGACUUGCCCGAACGUAAUGCGAUACACUUUCAAACUGAAGACUCAAACGAACCCAUCACUGGUCCUAGGUUGGAAGAUUUACUUCCCAUGCAUAAGGAUUUGACGAUAUUUAUGGACGGAGUAAGGGCCUACGAGGACACG